UCUACUUUUUGUCUACGCCCAAUCGCCCGAAACUUCGCGUGUGUGACCCGUGGAACAUUAUUUAUAAAUUCGGUCUAAUUAUAGUUUCAUUUCAUUUAUCGCGGCCCAAAGUUUAGUGAAAAAGGUGCCUAUGUUUGCGAACGGUGUAUCCGCGCGAAACGCCCGCAAAAACAUGUGUUUCGAUGUGAAUAUAAAGUUUGUGAAUUGAUGACACUGCCGUGUAGUAAGUCAGUGGACAAUUUGUAAUUAUUUCUGAUAGCUGUUAUUAAAUUGUUAUUGGUUUGCGCGAGGAGUUUGCGGGAACGUUUGCGGGCGGUGUGCGACCAGCGUACGGAACUGGGAUAAGGAUAUUUAGUGAUAGCGGGAGUGUAAUGUACCCGAGUCCAUUUCCGGUCGUGUCGUGAUGUAUCGUCGAUGAGUUGUGCUCGUUUAUGUGCGAUAUCAAACGGCGGGAUGGCGAAUUCUACGAUCGGGACCACCUUCGACGAAAAUGACAUGUCCAGCUGGUAUUUCCCUGGACUGUCGAGGGUGGAGGCUACGGAGCUUCUCCUCAAUGAGACUGAACGAGGAGUGUUCCUUGUGAGGGACUCUAAAACGAUACACGGAGAUUAUGUGUUGUGUGUCAGGGAAGACCGAGUGUCCCACUACAUAAUAAACCGCGUGGUGUCAGCCGACGGCGCGACCCGCUACCGCAUCGGCAACCAGCUGUUCGCCGACAUGCCGGCGCUGCUCGCCUUCUACCGGCUGCACUACCUCGACACCACGGCGCUGGUGCGGCCGCUGGCCCCGCGAGCACGCGCCGCGCCCGCGCCACCGCCGGCCGCGCACGUGCUCGAGCUGGUUGUAGCCAAGUUCGAUUUCGACGGCAGCGAUGCUGACGACUUGCCCUUCCGGCGCGGCGAGCGGCUCAUGGUAAUCAACAGGGACGAGGAGCAGUGGUGGACGGCGCGCAACGUGCACGGCAAGACAGGCUCCAUUCCUGUGCCCUACGUGCAGAGGCUUCUUGACCCGUCCGGAGUGCCGUACCCUCCGAACGAAGCGCUGAACCAACUGGGUGACCCGCCCAGUCCUCCCAACAACAAACAGCCACCAAAGGGCAGUAACAUGCAGCGGACGCUGCCGGCGAUGGCGCGCGUGCGACAGUCGCGUGUGCCCAACGCGUACGACAAGACCGCCCUCAAGCUGCAGGAGGGUGACAUACUUAAGGUGACGAAAAUGAACAUAAACGGCCAGUGGGAGGGCGAGCUCAACGGCAAAGUGGGCCACUUCCCCUUCACCUACGUAGAGUUCCUGGACGAUGUGCCCAGCUAAAGUGACACCAAGUGCACACUUGCACUUGAUCCAACCUCAAGUGUUGAAAAGUGUUUUUUUAUACAAAUAAAUUGAUUUAGUAAAUCCAAAGUGAAUUGUGAAGUGUUAAGUCUACAAAGUGAAUUGAUAGGAGAGAUAUUUAGUUAUAUCUAAAAGUGAUUUAAAGUGACAUUAUUGUGGAGAUUAUAGUUAUUAUUAUUAUUUGAGAUAUUUUUAUUCUGUAUUUCAUAAUAUACAUAGAGGACAAUAUUAUUUUUUAAUUGGUUAUGUCAUAAUAUAAGAUGUCUGUGAAUGAAGCUUAACCUGCAACUGGUCCAGGAUUCGAUUCUUAGCUCAGGUUAAGUUAGAUGUUAUUCGCUCUAGUCUGAUCUGGACUUAAGCUUCGGCCGUGACUAUAGGCUGGGGUGUUUGUUGAUGACACCCCCAUGAUGUGCGGGCGACGGGGGGAAAGACUGCGCGGGUGUGAAAUCGUGCGUGCAGGGAAGUGAGGUGCAUUAAUCGUGGGGUUUUCAUUCAUCGCUACACGCCCCCCGGCCCGCGCGAUACAUCGGGAGUGUUACGAACGAAGUUGCCAAGCUAUAGUUAGUAAUCUUUAAUUGAUUUAAAGUGGCCAAUUUAUGGCUAUAGUCUGGUUCGUUAAAGACACUCCCAUGAUAUGCGAGCGACGGGGGGAAAGACUGCACGGGUGUGAAAUCGUGCGUGCGGGUAAGUGAGGUGCGUCAGUCGUGAGUUUUUCAUUCAUCGCUGCAUGCCCCCCGGCCCGCGCGAUACAUCGGGAGUGUUACGAACGAAGUUGCCAAGCCAUAUUAAAAAGUCGAAAAAAUUGUUCAUUUAAUUAGAAAGGGUAAGCUUGGGUGGGAUGGAACAGUUUACAGACAACAUCUAUUAUGACAUAAUGAUCUGAGAGAGAAUGAACAAUCUCGAGGGUAUUGUAUUGGAAGUAUGUAUGUUUGUUAUUGUGUUCUCAGUAUAUGUAAAUAAUUAUUGUGCAGCACGAAUAAGCAAACAUGCUCUGAGCUAUGGUUCUGAGGAUGGACAAGAUUUAUAUCUAUAUAUAUAAAAAUGAAUCCAUAUAUCUCUUGGUCACACCAUCACGCUUAAUGGCUGGACCAAUUUCACUAUUUUUUUGACAGAAAAUAUUUUAAAAAUUGAAGGGGUAGGGUAGGGUAAGGUUGAAAGUUUACAUCGAGUUUCACGCGGAUGAAGUCGCAGGUGUCUGCUAGAUUUUUUUAAUAAAAAUAGAUUUUAUUUAUAUGUAUGGAUAUCUGGGUUUCUUGGUUACAAUUUGGCAUACUUGGAAAAUACAAUACUUUAAAGUACGAAUGUUUAAAAAAACUAGGGCUAAAUACCAGGUUCUAAAAUACUUGAAAGUAUUUUAAGGUCGCCUGUGCUAACGGAAACUAAUCCAUAUUGUGAUGGCGUGAGAAUCACAAAUGAAUUAGCAAAUUAAAGUAUUUCAUUGCUAUACGAUUGUGUUUCUUAUGUCAUUAGAAUUUGGAUUAGUUUCCUUUGACAAACCCGCGUCUGCCUAUCAUACUUUUAUACUUGGAAGUAUUUCAAGUCCAUACCAGAGCGCCCUAGUACGAAGCCCUGGUAUAAAAACCUAUUUGCUAACUCCUCCUCUAGUUUGGUAGACUCUCUUCUAACAGGUUUAUUUGUUCUAUAACUUCAAUUAAUACUAUACUCAGAGGCACAAUAGGGAUGAUGACAGUUUUUAAAUUGUAUAUAAAUUAAGAGUAUGCUAAUAGUAAAGCGAUUUUCUAAAAGUAACAGGAUACCUGCGAUCAUUACUUUCGGAGUUACAGCGAUUUAAAGAGUCAGAUUUGCUGCGCUGCCGCGGAUCCCUGAAAAACGCUCCAUACAAAAUGGCACGAACUAGUGACGUCGUUGGUUCGCUGAUCGUUAGAUUUGUAUGGGCGUUCAAACAAAAUCACUAAUAUCUUUGUUAUUUGUGCGUUAAACUGUAUGAAUUUUUAUCUAACUACGAUAAAAAAAAAUUGAAAGAUUUUGAAGUUUUAUAAUCUUAUUUAUUUUGCAAAUAUGCAAACAUUCUUUGCUUUUUUUGUAUAAAUUAGUUAACAUUGACCUUAUUUACCCGAAUGUAUCAUAAAAAUCAAUUUAUUCAAACCUAGUCAUCAUCCCCAUUAUCCGUGCACUUUUAUAAGAUGCUAGUAUAUUAAAGUGGGCGGAUAAUUGUGCCUCUGAGUAUAUUUCAGAUAUGUUCAUUUGCUCUCAGAUGCUAAGGUUAAUGGCCCACCGAUUUGGGCUAUGUUGUAUUAUUACCUGUAUAAAUGUUUUAUAAUAUCUAACUUCUCUCUGUAACUUUACGCUUGCAUUAAACAAAUUACAUGCACUUUGACUAAUCUAUAUAACUAAUAACUUGGAUCUGGAAAUAUGCACUUUUCUAUAAACAAUUUGCUAUAAUUAAAUACUAAAUAGUUAUUGUAUGUUGCCUUGACAAAAUAGUGAGUUAUUACCAAUGAUAUUAAAUACUGUUAGAUGUGUUACUAGCGCAUGAAAAAUGAGGCGCUCAAAAGAGGAAAUUUAUAGUCAACUCAAUGUUAGUUGUCGUCAACAACAAAUGUUAUUUAAACAAAUAAUACCUAAAUAUUGUCUACAAUGUCGAGUUGUGUGUUCAGGAAGUAUGAAAACUAUAUAUGUAUACAUAAAUAUAUAAUGGAAUUAAAAACAAAAAUUGUGCAUGUGUGCACUCAAUUUUGUAUCCUAUUAUUCAGAUCACUUUUUGUGGUGAUUUUGCAGGGACGUAACCAAUCUAUAGUAUAAAAUUAUCAUUGAUUAUUACUGUGAAGUCUGCUAUAGUGUGCACAAAACUUGGAGUCGUCUUUGAGCGUUUUUUUUUUUUAUUCUUUACAAGUUAGCCCUUGACUACAAUCUCACCUGAUGGUAAGUGAUGAUGCAGUCUAAGAUGGAAGUGGGCUAACUUGUUAGGAGGAGGAUGAAAAUCCACACGCUGGGAAAUGUUGCUUUUAAUCGCCAAAUUUUCUUACACAGCUCUGCUCAUAGUCUGUAGACUGAUUGCAUGAUAAAAAUAGGACAAAAAGUCUUUGUUUCUGAUUGAUAAGUGCCGUAGGCUCCUAAUGGGAUAUAAUGGGACCUCAGCUUUUCGUCACUGGGCGUUUUGAAAGAGCGCAAAAGCAUUGCCUCGUAGAGCCCAAAAGCAAAAAAGAUGGUCGGAUCAACUCUCUAUAGUCUGGCAAGUUUGUUGAUGAAACUCCCAUGAUAUGCGGGCGGGGAAGUGAGGUGCAUCAGUCGUGGGGUUUUCAUUCAUCGCUACACGCCCCCCGGCCCGCGCGGACCAUCGGGAGUGUUACGAACGAAGUUGCCAAGCUAUAAGGGCGUCUCCUCUGAGACUCAGACCUCUGCUUUAGAGGGAAAAUUUUGUUUUGAAAAACAUGAUUGCACUGCUUAAACUUUGUGUACGUGAUAUUCAUGGGAUGUACAAAAUUAUAUUUUUUUUUUAAGAAUAUUUGCCAAUGUUCCAAUUCCUCUCCAACUAGUCGGGAAAGACUGUGCUAGGAGUGGGUACGACAAUAAACCAACGGGGCGGGAAUCGAAUCACCACCUCUCCGUGAUGAGUCGGACCGCUCUUACCGUUGAGCUAUUGAGGCUUAAUUAAUUUUGUUAUUGAUUAUAAAUAAUUAUGAAAUAGUUCACUAUUUUGUUAAAGUAAUAAGCUCAGGAAGACCAAUUUUCUAAUAAUCUACGCUUUUAUAACACAUUUAUUAUAAUUCUUAUCUACUGUUAUUACCAUAGGCUAAGUGUCAACAUUAUUUUAACCGAAUUCAAAAAGGAGGAGGUUCUUUUGAGUUUACACUUGAUUGCAAGUAUUUUAUUAACAAGAUUUUUAUUGUAUAACUAUGUGGUUUUGACACAUUUUUUAUUAUAAAUAAUGCAACAAAAAAAUCAGUACAACUUUGUACGAAAUUGUGAAUAUUGGAUGAUAUUUAUUUAUUACACUUGUGGGCAAAAAAAUUGUGAAUGUUAAAAUUACGAGCCUGAAUCACAGAUUUAAAUUGAAAUGUCACUAACAUUUAGUAAAAUGCAGUAUUUUAUAGUAACCAUGUUACCUAAGGGAGCCUGUUAUUAAAUAAACUUUUCGUCAAAUCCACAGAUUAAUCAAUAAUAGCCACUACAAAUACAAAAUUCAAAAAUUAAUACAUUCUAGAGUCAGUAUGACACGAACCGUCGCGUCCAGUAAUUUUCAAUAUUAUUCAAGAAAAAUGGCAUCUUAUAUUUUAAAAUCAAUAAGAUGGAGUAUUUUUAUUGGUAAUUAUCGAUUAUUAUAUCCAUUUACGUAAUUGUUGUUUAUGAAAAAACAUCUGAUCUGUGAAACAAAAAUGUCAAGUUUGUCAAACAUGUUUGAUCGUUUGAAUCGAAGCAGUUGUCAAACAUGACAAAAUCAUUUGUUUGUCAAAUGUGUUAACAAACUUCAAAUCCACUUGAAUAUAGUGGCUCAUGUUCUGAAUUGUAAUACAAGAUACAUAGUUAUCUAACGUUAAUAAGAAAUAUAACACUUGGAUGAAUGGGGGGGUCUCGGUCACUGUUACAUUCUAUCUGCCGAAGCCAACUACAACAACGACGACGACGACAACAACAACAACAACAACAACAACAACAACAACAACAACAGCAGCAGCAACAACAUAGUCCAAACUCUAUGACUCUACUCUAUAUAGGGAUAGAGAAAAGAAAAAACUCAAUAUUUUACAGCACAGAACUCGAACGGACGACUCGUGAUCAUAAAUAGAUAAUAUAAAAGCGCAAAUUGUGAAAGUAAAAAUAAUUUAUUUAUAUUACUUAUGUUAUAAAUGUGACGAAUAUAAGGAAUUUAAAUUAAUGAUGCUCCAACACGAGGAAUUGACAAUGUUACAUCGAAAUAAUUAAUUUUUGUUAAUAAUAAUUAUAAAUAUGUGUACUAUGUACUGUAUGCUGUCUGACAUUAAAAUAUAAAAAAAAAAAAAAGCUGCUAAUUUGGUUAGCAAUAGAAAUCUGUGUAGAAACCUAAUUUGUUUUACCUAUCAUUUAUUUAUGUUACGUAGUUUAUUUUUAUCAAUAUUUAUAAAUUACAAAAUAUAAUAUGAUUUUAUAAUUAAUUAAAAAAAAUUUAAUCUUAAUGUUGAUAUUUGAAUCAUACAUAAGAAUAAUACAGUCAUUUAAAAAUUGUCUUUUUUAUAUUAUUUUAAAAUGUAAGACGCUUCUGAGAUUUGUAAUUAUAUGCCAUGGUCAAAUUGUAUACACCGUUAGAUUAUAAUCUAUCUCGCGAGAUUGUGAACCGCACAUACUGCUUACAAUUUAACGUGAUAUUAUUCGGUAGAUUGUAAGGAUUUUUUUCAUUUAUAAGUUAACAAAUAAAAAAUACCAAACCUAACCUAACUAUUGGUUUCUGGGCCACACAAGUUCCGGUUCUUGGGAAAAUUUUGUAUGGAGUUCACAGUAAAACGACAGUUCACAAUCUCGCGAGAUAGAUUAUAAUCUAACGGUAUUUACAAUUUUACGCUGACAUGUAUAUUUAUACUAAUUAUAAAACUGUAACAAGUAAAAUUCUGUACAUUGAAGAUUAUGCAAUCGAUACUGCCGCCAAAAAUAUUUUUUUUUCGAUUUCCUGACUGUCUGUCUGUCCGUAUUUUCUGUUAACCGGACAUCACGCUGAAAGUACUGAAUGAAUUCAAAUGAAACUUGGCACGGUUUGAGACCAUAAUACGCAGAAUGUCAUAGGAUACUUUUCAUUGCGAAAAUAAAAUAAGAAGGGGGUAAAAUAGAGAUUGAAAGUUUGUAUGGAAAGUCAUUCAUUUUUUGAGUUACUGUUUUAAAAAUUUGUUCAUAAAUCAAGAAUUUUUAAAAUACAACCCCUAAAGUAGUUAAAUAGGGGUUGAAAGUUUACAUUGAUUGAUUAUACAUUUAAACCAAAUUAGCAGUACUAUUCAACUUUUUUUUUUAUUAACAUUUAAGAUUAUAUUUUCACAGCUUGAUACUGCUGUUAGAACAUAUCGCCUUUGAAAAAAAAAAAAUGUUAUGUAAAUGCAUUAAAAUGUAAUAACUUCCAAAAUAUUAUGAUAGUCAAAUAUUUUUAUAAUAAAAUAAAAAAAGUAAUCAAUUGCUGGUGCAACAAAGUAUUUAGAGUUAGUGGGUAUUGUUAGUUGGAAUUCAAUUUUGAUGUACACUAAACAUGAGAAAAUCAACCCUUUACAAAGAACUUUGUAAGAACUCUACAAAGUUCUCAAAACAUAUAUUAUUUUUAAAUAUUUUAUUUAACACAGUUUUUUUUAAGUCUGAUUAACUUUUAUAGCUUACUAGAGUCCGACCGCUCAGGGAUUGCGUUUCUUCUGCGUUUGAGGGCGAUGUAACUUCGAACUGGCGUACAAGGUUGUUGAACUGCGUUGUUUCAAGAUUUUUUAUGCCAAAAACAGUCAUUACAAAAAUUAUGCCAACUGUUUGUCUUUUUAGUGAUGAGACAAAAAAUGAGGCAAUUGUAAUUGAAUAUGUUAUGCCACUCGAUCACGACCUGUCAAAAACGCAAUCUCUGAGCGGCCGGAUUUUAGCUAAUGUGCAAUAGUGGGGCUUAUGGGAUAUUUUGCUAUAUUAUUUCAUAAAAAGCCACUGUGUGAAUGAUAUGUGAAUAGAACAUGUUGUUUUUUAAUUAGUGUAUUUGAUUCAUAAUAAUUAUGUAUUGUAUUAUGUGUGUUCAUAAUGGUAUGAACGUUAUUUACUCUAAAACUUUGAUUAUCUUAUAAAAAAAAAAAAACAAAACGCUUUUAGUUUAGUGUACAAAAAAAUUGGUACCAAUUUUGUACUGGCCAAGUUUAAUGACAUUUUUUCACGCUUUAUAAUAAUUUUUAAUGUAUUUUUUUAACUGUAAAUUUCUUUUUUUAAAUAAAUCGCUAAUUGACUGUGUUUUAUAGCUAAAAGAAAUGUCUUUUUACUUGUCCAGUGAAAAGUAUUGUUAAAUUUAACUGCUCUGACUGGUUAAAAGUACAGCUGGACUGAUUGACUAUUAUAAUUAAACAAGUAAACUGUGUCUUUGACAUUUGACAUAAAACAAGCCGUAGACGAUAUAACUUUAACAUCACCAUAAUAAUGAAAAUCUAUCCAGGUCCUAUCCUAUCGAUAAUAUACAUUCAAUUCUUCUACCAAAAUCAUUAUCGCGGUUACGAGUGAUCUGAGAGCGUAAAAAAUCUAUCGAUAUGCACUCUUUAUUGUUACUCGCAUCACUAUUGCGUCUUAUGCCGGAUUUAUAUUUGUCUGACGUGUCGUGUCGUGUCGUGACGCGUCAGAACAGAAUCGGUAUCAUACAUUUUUCAUGACAACGUUUACACUUAUGUGUUGUGACACGACACGUCAGACAAAUGUAAAUCCGGCUUUAGCCUAACUAGUGCUAGUGCGAGCGAGAUACAUAAACGGUUUAUGUAGUCGCAUGCAAUCUAUAUGACGUUAAAUCUUUCGUUAAGCUGCGAAAUAGAAGAUUUUAGGUAUCAGCGGUAACGUAGGGGCCUGACACCCAGCUACCCGGAGUCGCCUCACGUUUGUUUUUAACGUACUUUUCCUAGAUAUAAAGAUUUCAUCCGACUAUUUACGACUACAGCCCAGUUUAAAUAGUCGCCAAUCAGUCUGGGUGCACCUUUACAGCCGUGGCAAAAUACCAAAUGUUAUUCAUUGUAUAAAAUCACUAAGGAAAUAUAUUUUGAGAUUACGAAAACGUAUAUUAUUAUGUAAUAAUUGUAUGUACCUAAUGUAAACUUUCGUCGCGUAAAUUGAACAUUUUUUGUCAUAAUUUUUUUAUAACGUUAUGUGUAACAUUUUUAGUAAUAAUAAAAAUUAGGAGGGAGUACUUCA